UUCCUGGUUACACGUCAUGUUGUCCUGAACUUCUCUGGGUUUGUUUGCUUCUUCUUUUUUUGGUGAACAAUAUUUUCAUAAUGCUGAGAAGGAAACAACUUUAAUUUCAGCUGGGGAAAAAUAAAAGAUAAGCACUUCUGAAGACCAACAGCCUCUGCAGACUGCUGCAGUAAGAUGAGGCAAAAUCGUAUGCUGAUUCAUCCUAUCUUCCAUUCUGAGACAUUACCCUCACCCUUCACUCUUUUGCAGUAUUUCAAAGUGCUCUUUUCUCUGUCUGCCUGUUUUAAUUUGGCUGGCCACUGAUUUGGGUAUUCUCUCCUUGAUCUGAACAUCUAAUUAAUGGCCUCUGAAAAGUAAGCACAAAGAUAGACAGCAACAGGACUUGGUAAGGAAAGGCCAGCUUCCCUGAGGAGACCAAGACUCUGCAGUCGCAUAAGGACCAGAGUGCUAGAUUUGAAGAUGACGGAUUUACCCAAUAAUUCACUGAAUGAUACACCAAAAAGAAAAGAACUAGAGAUAAUAAAGGCAUCCCUUUACUUGUUUGAUUUCAUCUUCAUUACUGCAGUUGGUUUGUUUAUAUUUAAGACGGUGCAGCAGAACUCUGAAAUGAAGAAAAAUGUUCAAUACUUUCUCCUGUGCCAUCAUCUUCUAUGUUGUUCUUUAUUCUCCUGUUUUGGUGUUGCGUACAAUACAAUACGAGCACUUGCUGUGGAAAGUCCCAGAAUUGUAUUCUGGAUAAUCUUUGGAGUUCAAGUAGCAAUUGGAGAAGGAGUACUAAUAACUUUGACUUUGAUGACACUUAACAGAUGCUUUGCUGUUUGCUGGCCUUUUAGAUACAUAUCCUUGGUGCAUGCAGUGAAGCACAAAGUCAUGAUUUGUGUUUGGAUAAUAACAAUGUUCAAAUCUAUGUGCUUGUUAUUGAUAGAAGGCAUAGACAAGACUCCAGAAGAUAUGUCUGAAGUGAUACCUUCUUGCUCAAUUGUCUUUGGUGGUCCUUUUGCCAGAACAAUGGGAAUUAUUUUAAUUUUAUUUCUUGGGGGCAUCAUCAUAGUUAGCUACUGUCUCCUAUGGAGAGAAGGAAAACAUGCUGGUCAUUUCAAUAGCUCAGAUAACAAGGCCAGAAAAACUAUACUUAUUCAUGGAUUGCAUUUGAGUUUGUUUCUAUUUCCACCUUUGAUAAAAAUCGCUGUUAAAAGAUCCAAUUUUAUUUUAAAUUUAACAGCUUUUGUUGUUUUCUCACUUGCCCAGUGCUUUAGUCCUGUGGUUUAUGGUCUGCGAAACAAAGAACUGCAAACCAAGCUAUUCAACAGGCAAAGAAUUAGUUUAUGUACUGGCCACAUGAUAAAUGGUAGAGACGUACAGCAGCCUCAGUUGAAUAACUCUGAGUUAAUUGAUACUAGAUGCGGCACUCCUGAUCCUUAGUUUUCUAAGUGAACAUUUGAUCCAGCAGUGUAAAAUAAGGCCUUGCAUACUCCUAACACAAACUUAUUCCAUUAUGACAAUGAUUAAAUGAAAUUUAACUGUGUAACUUAAACCAUUUUCUAAGCUUAUUAGAGUGGCCAUAGUGCC